GGUCAUGUGACCUGCACCGCUUGGUCACAACAAAGAUGGCAGCCGCGGGGAAGACGCGGAGCUGCGGAGCUUUUUAUUUUUCUCUCUUUUCUCUGCUUUCAGUUUUCAGUUUGAGUGAAAGUUGGUUCAGCGGAGAAGCUUCUAGAAGAAAGUUGUCGGUAGAGUUGAACCCCGGCUGGCCCUCGCCAGCGCCUCCUGGUGGCGACCUGCUGCAUGUGAGAGCCGUGGGAGACAACAACACGCUGCACUUCCUGUUCUGCAGCCAGGGGGCGCCGACGCUGCUGCUCGUCCACACCAACACUUCUUCUUCUACUGUCAACGUCGAUUGGACUCAGUUUUUGUCUCGAAACGUCAGCGGCAGCCUGAAGGUGGAGCCAGAGAGCAGCGUCCUAUACAGCACCGCCGUCAUCUUCAGCAGGCUGUGGGAGUACGAUGACGUUAACGACACAGCCGAGCCGACCUCUGACCUCUUCCCUCCAUACGAGCUGCAGAACUUCACCUGGUCUCGUUUCAACCUGUCGGGUCCGAACGCUCUGCUCUGCGGAGCCACCACGACCUUCGCCAACGGAUCGCUCUGCUUGCAGCUGUCUGUGUUUGAUUCAGAGGGGCGUGGCCCGUCCUUGCCCCGCCUCCUCCACACCGCUAACUCCUCCCAGUUGGGGGUGUGGCUUGACGGUGUGUUGCCGAGGGCGACUCGUUCCAGGUUCCUAUUGGAGCUGCAGGCGGUGGGCGGGGUUUAUCCUCUGAGCAGAGUGGAGGUUCAUCGAUCGAUCGACGACGAGUUCACGCCGUCGAUAUUCAAGGUGUCUCAGUGGGUCUCCUCGGUGAACGGCAGCUCCGAUGUUCUGGGUUUCCUUCAGUGGAAGCCGGUGGCGUACCGACAGUCCGUUCCGGCUCUGGAGGACGCCACUCCCUGCCGUCACUCCGACCCGCGGCCUCAGAGCGGCGAGGCGGUGGCGUCGGCAUCCGGUCUGAUCCGAGCGUUCUACGCAGAACCAGAAGCAUUCGGACUCAACGUGAGCUUCGGCCUCGCAGGAGACCCGUUCUACAACAGCACCAAGUUCCUCAGCUGGACAGUGUUGUUGGGCUCCGGCUCUCCUCCCGUCGACUCCUUCUCGCCGUUGGUUCUCGCCAUGAUGGCGGUCGGUCUGGGAACUCCCAUGAUCCUCCUGCUGCUGGGCGGAGUCUGCGUCUGCGUCCGUAAGAGGGCGGCGGCCUCGACCUACGAGCCAAUCAACUGAUGGCUGGGUCGCAGCCAAUGAGACGACAGAGACGUUCUUAAGGACUUCACUGACUUUGAGCUCAGGAACAAAAUGAGGAAGUGAAUCUUUAUUUUCAACAUGAAUCAGAAACUUCAGUUUGAAGUUUAGUUUGAUACUAAAUGUGAAGUUUGAUUAAAGGUUUGACUUCAAUAAAAAUCUUUGUCACUGA